CUUAUCCACAUAGAAACCAGAAAUGAAGAGACAGCGGGGACUUUUGUUCUGGGAAUGCAAUGGGGAGCUGUAGUACCAUGGCACGGUUGGCAAUGGCACUGGCUUCUCUCCAAACUACACUCUCUCCCUUGUCCUCUUCUUCAACCUCCCUUCCUUCUCUUUCUCUCACUUCGACACGACGAGCCAUUGCCUUUGGUUCCUGCGUUUCACUCGCUUCUUUGCUCCCUCUGUCCAAUCCCAAUUCAACGCCGCCCGCACUUGCUCAGCUUCUAUCAGACGAGCUUCAGCAAGAAGAAGACCGUAUCGUGCAUCUCUUUCAGGAAACUUCACCGUCGGUUGUUUUUAUUAAAGACAUUGAAUUGGCUAAAGUCCCCAAGACCUCUAACGAAGUCAUGCUGAAUGAGGAUGAAGAUGCAAAAGUUGAAGGAACUGGUUCAGGCUUCAUUUGGGAUAAAUUUGGUCACAUUGUUACUAAUUACCAUGUUGUUGCUAAAUUGGCUACUGAUACUGGUGGUUUACAACGUUGUAAGGUGUUUCUAGUCGAUGCCAGGGGGAAUAACUUUGUCAGGGAAGGCAAGAUAGUUGGGUUUGAUCCCGCAUUUGAUCUGGCUGUUCUCAAGGUCGAUGUUGGUGGGUACGAAAUAAAGCCUGCUAUUCUUGGUGCAUCUAAAGAUAUACAUGUUGGUCAGAGCUGCUUCGCUAUUGGGAAUCCUUAUGGCUAUGAGAACACUCUGACCACAGGGGUCAUCAGUGGUUUAGGUCGGGAGAUUCCUGCACCAAAUGGGGGAGCUAUCAAGGGAGCUAUUCAAACCGAUGCAGCUAUUAACUCUGGUAACCGGAAUUCUGGUGGACCAUUGAUUGAUUCGCACGGUCAUGUUAUUGGAGUAAAUACAGCAACAUUUACUAGAAAAGGGACUGGAGUAUCGUCUGGUGUUAACUUUGCAAUACCCAUUGACACAGUUCUCAGAAGCGUGCCGUACCUCAUUGUGUAUGGAACACCAUAUACUAACAGGUUUUGAUAACCUUGGUUUUUGGGCUAAUGUUCAUCAAGUCAAAUCCCAUGCCUGUAUUAUCUUCUUCACUUAUUUUUCUUUUGCCAGAACCAUGCCUGUAUUAUCUGUGGCCAAUAGUUAGUGUUUUGGUUUAUCAAUAGGUCACAUCACAUGUCCUUGAGAUUUCCUUAAACUUCUAGAGUCGGAAACCGUGUCGGGUCUUCUGGAGGUUUGAAUACGAAAUUUGACAUCUUUUAUAUAAACAUUGACAAUCGGUCUGCAAUCA